GUCAACCACGGCCAAUCGUCGAAAAACUGACACUCGACAAAACGGUACAUCAGGCAGAGAAGUGUUAAGUCGGCAUUACUCUGUCAAAUUCUGAAGCCAAUAAAAAUGUCAAUAUAGGCGGACGUCGUAAUUUAAAUCGGUGAGACGUCUGAAUCUGUGCCGGGCCAAACAUUACAAGACAAACCGCUGGAAAAGUCGAAUUGGUGAACUAACUCAAACUGGAUCCCGAGUCCCGUCAAAAGCACCGUUCCAGCUUUGACAACAAGUAACCUGUUAUUGUUCCGCAGUGCCGUGCAAUAAAAAUUCCAAAGAUUUACAGACCCGUCAGACUCCUAUAGUAGGCAAACUUGGGAAGUGUUGGGUGCAAAGUAGAUUCGUGAAAUGUCUUCGGCAGCCAAUCUUUCAAUGGACGGCGAGUUUCGUUAUAUUGUUCAGUGGUUCAACGAAUGGAGCGAGCUUCAACGGGAAGACUUUCUUCCGAUUUUGGUGGAAUAUCUAACGAAAGACACUCCUGGCGCUUAUGUUAAUGGAAUCGUUUCUGGGCUGGCGGGCGCAGGCUGCGCAGACAAGCCAAUGAGUUUGUUCCAAUGCAGGGUGAAGCUGUUCAGAGAAUGGUCCAGUAAAUGGCCCGAAGAUUUGAAAAUAAAACUCAAAGAAAAGGUUAUCGAACUCGACGAAAAACUAGGCGAAAGGCUGCAGGAUGAGCUUAAGUCUCUAGGCCCGACUCCACUAACGAAUGGAAAUGCUGAGCCAACCGCAGUUGAAGAUUCGGAGGAGCCAGAAGUCGCACCAGUCCAAGAUUCGGUGGCCCCGGCUUUGGACCCGGUGGCUAUCGAAGAAGUCGAACAGAAUGCCUGAAGACGUUACUAACACAUUUUCUACAACGACCGUACGAUUAGGAACAAGUUUUGCGAAACAUUCCACACACAAACCUAAAAUCAUGUUAUCUAGGCCUACCCCGAGGACAUGACCAUUCCAAACGGAAAUUCCGUUUCAAGCGCACACGGACACUAACACAUGUUAUUUUUCACGUAGCUUUAAGGAGAAAGUAAAUUAUUUACUCUUUUACUCAGAACCAACUCUUCCUUGGACGACACUUUUAUAUUUACAAAAUUAUGUAUACACGAGACUCAAGCAACGUUCGAGAUACGAAUCCCUACUGUUUACUGCUGGUGGCAACUAUUUACAUAAACAUUCCUCUAUUUUUCUACUUUGAUAUAUUUGCGUCAUUUGAAUUGUAUUAAGUGAGAAACGGUUAAAAUUAUUGUAAAAGUUGAUAUAAAAUUAAGAAAGUUGA